AUGUGGCCAGGAAAUUCACCUGAUCUCAAUGCAGCUGAGCGCAUCGGAUCAAUACUGAAGGAUGAAGUCGAGACAAGAAUGUUAUCUGAGGCCAGAGAUGAUCGUCAUCGUGAAGAAACAUUGAAAAACCAUAUAUGCGAUGUCUUAGAAAAUAUGGAAACAAAUACCGAGCUUUUUGAAAAUCUGUUAUGCUCGUAUCCAUCUCGAUUACAGGCUAUCAGAAAAGCUAACGGUCGGCAUACAGAUUAUUGA